GUUUGCGUCACAUGUUGGCUGAGGCCGAGACGGAGGCACGUGACCCGGAAACCGAGUUAGACAUCAAGAGACAGCCUGGGAGCGCUGGAGACAGCCCUGCACGCAGAGACAGCCUGGAGCUGGCCUCAGAGACGGAAUGAGAAAAGAGACUGCGUCAACCAACCGAGACAGUCUUCUCCACUCAGAUAUCAGCGUGUGGGACUGGUUUACACUUUCUGCUGACAUAUUGUAUUAACCAGGCGGCCUGACAGCCAGGAGGACACUGAGUGAGAGACAGCCAGGAGGACACACUGAGUGAGAGACAGCCUGGAGGACACACUGAGUGAGAGACAGCCAGGAGGACACACUGAGUGAGAGACAGCCAGGAGGACACUGAGUGAGAGACAGCCAGGAGGACACACUGAGUGAGAGACAGCCAGGAGGACACACUGAGUGAGAGACAGCCAGGAGGACACACUGAGUGAGAGACAGCCAGGAGGACACACUGAGUGAGAGACAGCCAGGAGGACACACUGAGUGAGAGACAGCCAGGAGGCACACUGAGUGAGAGACAGCCAGGAGGACACACUGAGUGAGAGACAGCCAGGAGGACACACUGAGUGAGAGACAGCCAGGAGGCCACACUGAGUGAGAGACAGCCAGGAGGCCACACUGAGUGAGAGACAGCCAGGAGGCCACACUGAGUGAGAGACAGCCAGGAGGCCACACUGAGUGAGAGACAGCCAGGAGGACACACUGAGUGAGAGACAUCCAGGAGGACACACUGAGUGAGAGACAGCCAGGAGGACACAAUGAGUGAGAGACAUCCAGGAGGACACACUGAGUGAGAGACAGCCAGGAGGACACACUGAGUGAGAGACAGCCAGGAGGACACACUGAGUGAGAGACAGCCAGGAGGACACACUGAGUGAGAGACAGCCAGGAGGACACACUGAGUGAGAGACAGCCAGGAGGACACACUGAGUGAGAGACAGCCAGGAGGACACACUGAGUGAGAGACAGCCAGGAGGACACACUGAGUGAGAGACAGCCAGGAGGCCACACUGAGUGAGAGACAGCCAGGAGGCCACACUGAGUGAGAGACAGCCAGGAGGCCACACUGAGUGAGAGACAGCCAGGAGGCCACACUGAGUGAGAGACAGCCAGGAGGCCACACUGAGUGAGAGACAGCCAGGAGGACACUGCUACAUCACUGAGACUGCCUCACUGAGGGAGAGACAGCCAGGAGGACAAUGCUACCUCACUGAGACUGCUUCACUGAGGGAGAGACAGCCAGGAGGACACUUCUACCUCACUGAGACUGCUUCACUGAGGGAGAGACAGCCAGGAGGACACUUCUACCUCACUGAGACUGCCUCACAGAGUGAGACAGCACUGGUACCUCACCGAGACUGCUUCACUGAGUGAGAGACAGCCAGGAGGACACUGCUAUCCUGCAGCCCAGCUUACUCACAGAGACUGCUUCACAGAGUGAGAGACAGCCAGGAGGACACUGCUACCUCACAGAGACUGCUUCACUGAGGGAGAGACAGCCAGGAGGACACUGCUAUCCUGCAGCCCAGCUCCCUCACAGAGACUGCUUCACUGAGGUAGAGACAACCAGGAGGACACUGCUAUCCUGCAGCCCAGCUCCCUCACUGAGGUAGAGACAGCCAGGAGGAAACUGCUAUCCUGCAGCACUGGUACUUCACUGAGACAGCCAGGAGGACACUGCUACCCUGCAGCACUGGUACCUUACACAGAGACAGCCUCACUGAGAGACAAUCAGGAGGACACUGCUAUCCUGCAGCACUGGUACUUCACAGAGACUGCUUCACUAAGAGACAGCGCUGGUACCUCACAGAGACUGCUUCACUAAGAGACAGCGCUGGUACCUCACAGAGACUGCUUCACUAAGAGACAGCGCUGGUACCUCACAGAGACUGCUUCACUAAGAGACAGCGCUGGUACCUCACAGAGACUGCUUCACUAAGAGACAGCGCUGGUACCUCACAGAGACUGCUUCACUAAGAGACAGCGCUGGUACCUCACAGAGACUGCUUCACUGAGUGAGACCGCACUGGUACCUCAGAGACUGCUUCACUGAGUGAGACUGGUACCUCACAGAGACUGCUUCAAUUAAUAAGAGACAGCCCAGCUCCCUCACAGAGACUGCUUCAAUUAAUAAGAGACAGCCCAGCUCCCUCACAGAGACUGCUUCAAUUAAUAAGAGACAGCCCAGCUCCCUCACAGAGACUGCUUCAAUUAAUAAGAGACAGCCCCGCUCCCUCACAGAGACUGCUUCAUUUCAUAAGAGACAGCCCUGAGACUGCUUCAUUUCAUAAGAGACCCCGCUCCCUCACAGAGACUGCUUCAUUUCAUAAGUCCCUCACAGAGACUGCUUCAUUUCAUAAGAGACAGCCCCGCUCCCUCACAGAGACUGCUUCAUUUCAUAAGAGACAGCCCCGCUCCCUCACAGAGACUGCUUCAUUUCAUAAGAGACAGCCCCGCUCCCUCACAGAGACUGCUUCAUUUCAUAAGAGAGAGCCCCGCUCCCUCACAGAGACUGCUUCAUUUCAUAAGAGAGAGCCCCGCUCCCUCACAGAGACUGCUUCAUUUCAUAAGAGACAGCCCCGCUCCCUCACAGAGACUGCUUCAUUUCAUAAGAGACAGCCCCGCUCCCUCACAGAGACUGCUUCAUUUCAUAAGAGACAGCCCCGCUCCCUCACAGAGACUUUUUCCUGCAGUGAUAUAGUCCAGCUUACUCAUAGAUUGGUUCCUGCAAUGAGAGGCCCUCAAUGCAGUGAGACGCUUCAGUUCACUCAUGUAUACUGCUUGCUGCAAUAAUGCAGUCCACUUCACAUUUAGAGACUGCUUUCUAAAUUAGACAGACCUGCCCAGUUACAAAGUCUGCUUGUUGGAGUGAGCCUGAUCUGCGCACAGAUAAAACCUGGAGUGAGACAGUCCUGCUCACUGAUAGACUUGCCUGUUAGUGAGGCAGCGUGCUACCAGAAAUUUAGAGACAGGCUGUCAGACAGAAGCUGUCUGAUGACUUUAGUAUUUGCCAUCAAGCUGCUAUAUACUCCCCCUUGCAGCACACAUUACAUUCUGGCACAAAACUGACCACGUGAAAUCAGCAUUGCACUAAUACUGAAUGAUACUGCUGAAGACCUUAUGCUGGUGAGAUAUUCUGUGAUUCAAAUGUUGCAAGUGUGACCACACAUUGUGAAUUACCAGCAGAUUGACUAUUUUGUGUGUUUGAAAAGACUUCAAAUGUAAGGAUGAUAGUGCAAAAACUACAUGAGUGAUAGCCUAGGGGGUAGAAAGACUUGUCCAGGCCGGACAAAACUGCAUUGCGAUAAUUUUUAUAAAAAAAAAUUUAUUUUAUUUUUUUUAAAUCACCAUUUUGGACAAAACAGCAUAGAAUACAUGGAUACAAUGGACAUAUCUUUUGGAAAGUUGGAAUGGCGACAGUAAAAUACUUCUGAUCAUACAGUGAGCAUACAUGGGGUUUGAAAGGGCCAUGGAGUGAGAUAUGACCACUUACUGGGUUUUCCAAAGCAUUGUAUUUUCAGAACCGUGUAAGUAAUACCCAGUUGUUAAAUAUCCUAUGUGUUCCAGCACCUGCCAUGCACUGAGUCAUUGAAGCUGCAAGUUCUCUUAUUCUGUAUGAAUUAAAAUGGCAUCAGUAGCUGGAUAAGUUUUGUUGCUAUGGAAAUGCCUGGGACUUUAGAGAACGCAGAAUUGCCCCUCGAGGGGCCACCCCACAGGUCAGAAUAUGCAGAUGAGGAGAAUGAAGUCACAUCAUGCCCUACAAACGAGACCACAGGAGAUGAAAUGUGUUGCAAUCCUCACAUAAAACCAGAUGGUAAUACAGAAUCUGAUCUGGUACUCCCUGAUGGGAAGAGACCCUUGGAAAUUACAGAUGUAGUGCUGGAAACAAGCUCAGUGGCUGAACUGAAAGUUGAUAGCAAUAAAGACUCUCCGUCUACUGUGGAUGGUAGCAAGAAACAAGAGUCUUCCACUUUCCAAACUUCAAGUAGUCAGAAUUUGGAAAUUCCACCUGAUGACAGGACCCAUCUGGUUUCUCAAACUAAAGCAACGGGACAUGGUGAUGGAGGGGAGGGGAUUGAAAUGUGCACGUUAUCCACUGGAAAAGUAGACCAAGGAAAGAAUGGGAAUGGGACUAAGGAUGGAGGUGCACCAGAAGAAGAGAAUGGCCGUAGUAAACAGGGGCCCAAAAGGGUUACCUUCCCAUCUGAUGAUGAUAUUGUAUCGGGAGCCCUAGAACCAAAAGACCCCUGGAGGCAUGGUGAGAAAUGCUGCUAGAUAUAAUGGUUCUUUAUAAAUAUCUUAUUCCCUUCAGUCCUGUAUUCCCUGUUUCAUAUUAGUUACGUCCCAUACACAGUUUUCCAUAGUCUCCCUAAAUUAGGCUUAGUUUGGGAAGUGAAGUGCAGUUUGAAGGCCAAGUAGCUGUACUAGGAAAAAGAAAAUCGCAAAUUAGGCUUAAUUUUUUUUCUAGCUUUGAUAUUUUGGCUUACAAUGUGCAAUUUACUUGUCAAUUUUUUUUAUAUAAUUUCAGGUUAAUGAGGAAAUCCCUGAUGUAAGAAUCUAAACCUUUUUUAUUAAAGACAUUUUGGGUUUCUUGAGAUCUCGUUCCAGUCAUGGUUACAAACUGCCCCGCAGAUUAUUGCUAAUAGUUUAUCUCUGAUGUUAAUAACACAGACACCAAGGGGUUAAAGCAACCAUUAGUUACCACUUACAACAGAGCAUUUCGGUUUCUUACUUUUGUACAGUCCAUUAUCUAAAACUGAAACCGUAUACGAUCGGCCGCUGGGUUGAUCAAUUAUAUAUCAGGCCAUCUGAGCACUAAUAAGUUAUUAAUUAAUGUGACUUGCUAGUUUUGGUUUAACUCGAAGGUGCAGCUUUACGGUAUAAGCAGACAGUUCUAAGUUAAGAUAUUCUUAACUGUAGUUCUUUUUAUUUGAUGUUUAGUACAUAUGACUUUAUUCUCUUAAAUCACCGUGAAUGUACCCUGUAUAUCCCCUCCACCUGGGCAAUUUGGUAUGAGGAUGUAAAAUAUCCUUUUAAUUGUGGAUCAUGCUAAUAAUGAGCAGACCUUUACUAUUGCUUGAAUCCUCGCUAGCUAGACAGUCCAGCGAUGCCCCCAUGCAUCUAAUCAUUGUGGCACCAUGCCCCAGAUGCCUGUUGCCAUAGGGCACUAUUACCGGGUUGUACUGCAUGUACUAGGUUAUUGCUAAAUGCUUUAGGGCACGUGGCAGUGCAGUUCUGUGCUCAUAGCUAUAUGAAGAAAAACAAUAACCUGAUGUUUUAGUAGAUUGGUUACACAAAGUGUAUAAAUGACCCUAGCCUGGAUAAAUAUUUUGCGGAGAGUCAAAUAUAUACUUUUAUGUAGUAGUUUGUUUGGUUUUUUUUUUGUGGCGAUUGCUGUUAUAUUGUGGACUAUGUAUAAAAGGUGUGUGUUCCGAAAAGUGGUGCAGACAUGAAAAUGGAGCGGAUUAGCAAAGUAAACUGCCUGCGCGGCCCACUGGUUUCCAUAGAGACUUAACCCUUUUUAGUAAUUUAGACCACUUUUCAGAAUACGACUUUAAAAAAAAAAUAUAUAUAUAUAUUUUUUUUAAUUAUUAUUAUUCUUAACCUUGCAAUGACUGCACUGUAACUUGUAAUGUAUUGCACUAGUUGUAUAGCUAUUAUUAUAAGCAAAACUGUGAAAGUUUUUUUUAACAUUUUUUUUGUUUUUCUUAAUUUUAUUCAUACUUACCUCUGUGUUGUUUCUAGACAUAGGGUUUCAGAAGACAGUCCGGUCUACCCUUGGAAGCAAUAUAUAAUCCGUAUGAGUGCCCUUAAUGAGGGAGCCUGAAAGAAUGGUUUGAAAAUAAGGGUCACUCCACAGCGCCAAAAAUAAAUAAAUAAAAUAAAUCACUAUUUAUUACAUAUACACUCAGUGAAAACAUGAGUGUCUUCAAUUAUGUUUUUUAUUUUCCCAUUAGGGUUAUAAUCUAUAAAAGCUGUAGAUCUCUUGUCUGCAGCCUUUGCAAGCCUUCCCCUUUUUCACCGGUACACACUUUCUGUGGCUGGCUGCCCAAUCACAGACUUUCCAAAGCAGCUCAAUGAGAGCCUUUGCAAGGCAGGUGCUAUGGGCAAUUGUCUUUGUGUUGCAUUCAGCUUCACUGAGCUAAACAAUUAGGAACUACCAUGGCCAGUUGUCCGAUUGGCAACCAGGGUGGUGUAACAAGUUUUUAUUUAUAAAAAUGUCAAAUUUUUUUUUUUUUGAAAUAAGAUAUUAACAGGAACAUUAUAGUUUAAGGAAUACUAAACUGUAUUCCUAACUCUAUUGUGUCCCUUUGCCCCUCCCCUCCAUGUAAAAAGUUUAAAAUACAAAAAAAAAAAAAACCUUUAAAGGGACACUAUACUCACCAGUGCAACUACAUGUAUUCCUGACCCUAUAUUGUUAACACGACCAUCUAGCCCCUCAUGCCUCCAUAAAUAUAGUAAAAAUCUUACUGUAUUCAAGCUUGAAGCUGUAAAUCUGCAUGCUGUUAGACUCAGGAAAAACAAGCAGUCUGCUGACAUCAGAAGUGGUAGCCUGAUCCAAUCACAGUGCUUCCCCAUAGGAUUGGCUGAGACUGACAAGGAGACAGAUAAGGGGCAGAGCCAGCAUGAUCCAAACAAAGCCCUGGCCAAUCAGCAUCUCCUCAUAGAGAUGAAUGGAAUCAAUUAAUCUCUAUGAGGAAAGUUCCGUGUCUGCAUGCAGUGGGAGGAGAUACUGAAUCACAGGAUGCUGUGCACAGUGCUGCCCUGUGCUCUGCUGACAGCAGAUCUGAGUGGAUGGAGGCAUAUUAUGCUUCCAUGAACACCGAAGUCCCACUUUUUCACUCUAAGCGACUGGAGGUGUUCGUAGCUUUCAAUGUAAACACUGUACUUUCUCAGAAAAUAGUGUUUACAUGAGAGAGGCUGCAGGGAGCUAUAGUUCUCACCUGAACAACCUCAUUAAGCUGAAGUUGUUCAGGUGACUAUAAUGUCCCUUUAAAUACUUACCUGAUUACACCGUCCAUGUCCAUUACUCUUUUAUUGGUAUAUCUAGUGAGAAGUCUUCUGCAGGGUCCUUGUGCCCCAUGGUUAAAGGAACAUUUCAUUAAAAUAUAUAUAUAUAUAUAUAUAUAUAUAUAUAUAUAUAUAUAUAUAUAUAUAUAUAUAUAUAAUUAUUAUUUUUAUUUUUUUUAUUUUUUUAUAGUACAUAUCCCAAAUAAAACAUGUAUGUAAUUUGUUUUGUAUAUUUUCUUUUGGGGUACAUGAAACUUGGUUUGCGGUAGCUUUAUAUAUAGCCUCUGCACCUAAUGCAAGCCUUCCCCUUCUUACCCAGCACAGACUUCCUAAUGCAGUUUAAUGAGAUCUUUGCAAGGCAGGUGCUCUGGGCAAUUGCUGCCAUUUGAGUUUAGCUCCACUGAGCUAAAAAACAAACCAGGAAGUAACAGGACCAGCUGUCUGUGUGACAUCUAGGGGGUUGUAACAAGGUUUAUUCAUAAAAGUGUUUGAUGCUUGCUCCUGGGGACUCAUGGAAGCAUAACCACCACUGCAGUUUUGUCGUUAUGAUGCUUAAAGUUUCCCUUUAAAUGACCAUGAUUUAUUACCUGGUUGGUGACAAUCCUGGAACUUAAAAUGUGGUCAUUUUGUGUCUUUAAUUUGUUUUUGCAUAAUUUGAAAUCCUUAUGUAUAUAUUAAAAUAAAUGUCCAUUGCAAACUAAAGUAUCCUUUAAAAAUACCAUCAGUGUCAGAUGAUGAACAUGCCUCUAAUAUUUUUGUUUUGUUUUCCUGUCCAUGGAAGUAGACAUUCAAAAAAAAAUGAGACACUGAAUGUCAGCGCUGCACACCGUGCAACACUGCCCCAGAAGGUACCCAUAGUAGCCUUCUGAGGAGUGGCCAGUUGAGUUAGGCUGUAAUGUAAACAUUGCAUUUUAUCUGAAAAUACAGUGUUUACUGAAAAAAGCCUGAAGGUAAUGAUUCUACUCACCAGAACAAAUUCAAUAAGCUGUAGUUGUUCUAGUGACUGUAGUGUCCCUUUAAAGGACCACUAUAGUGCCAGGAAAACAUACUCGUUUUCCUGGCACUAUAGUGCCCUGAGGGUGCCCCCACCCUCAGGGACCCCCUCCCGCCGGGCUGGAUGGCGAGGAAAGGGGUUAAAUUUACCUUUAUUCCAGCGCCAUGCGGGCAGCUCUCAUCCUCCUCUCCGCCUACGAUCCUCCUCUUCGGCUGAAUGCGCAUGUGCGGCAAGAGCUGCGCGCGCAUUCAGCCAGUCUCAUAGGAAAGCAUUUACAAUGCUUCCCUAUGGAUGCUUGCGUGUUCUCACUGUGAUUUUCACAGUGAGAAGCACGCAAGCGCCUCUAGCGGCUGUCAAUGAGACAGCCACUAGAGGAUUUGGAGGCUGGAUUAACCCAUUUAUAAACAUAGCAGUUUCUCUGAAACUGCUAUGUUUAUUAAAAAGGGGGUUAAUCCUAGAGGGACCUGGCACCCAGACCACUUCAUUAAGCUGAAGUGGUCUGGGUGCCUAGAGUGGUCCUUUACGGAAGCUUUUGUUGAGACACUAAAGUACAAUGACUUCCUGGUAUGUUUCGCCUCUCUUGGUAUUGUUUUCUUAUGUGAUAUGUUGCUAAUAAUUUUAUAAUCGGUUAAUAAUUAUUAUUAUUUUUUAUUUUUUAUUUUUUUAAGCUAAAUGCGUGUCCUAGUUUUUAAAGGAAUGCUUGUUGGGGUGGGGGUUGGAGGGUUAACUUUCUUUGUUUAAUGUAUUUUAUGGUUUAUUCAUUAUCAGAUUUUUUUUUUUGUAUUAAAAAAAUUGUAGAUCUGUCUCUCAUGCAGGUGUUCCCUAGGCUAGAGUCAGCCUACUUUGAUGCUCUUUGCAUUUAAAGUGUCCUUGUGCUCCCAGCCAGUCAUGAUUUCCAUUGAACAAUUCACACAUACGUUUGGUGUGUUCACCCAAGUAUGAUCUGCGCAUACUUACACCAUACAGAAACAAUUGCUUGCAUGAAUGAAUGGAAACUAACUAACUGAACCCUGGCCUCUGCAUUCACAUCCAGUCUGAUGUAUCAAAAACAAAAAAUGUCAUAGAUAAGAGUUAUGUUGACAGAAGAAAUGUCUACAACUAUUUUGCGUUUGCUACAUAAGUGGGGGGGUCGGGGAUAAAAUAAAUUCUUACAUGCCCGUAAAUAGUGCCAGGAAUGUCCCUUUGUUUUGUAGAGUUUGUGAAUGGGCCAGAUAAUAUCAUGUGAUUUGUUGACCUCACAUGUCUGAUCAGCUGAGCAAUUCUCAGUGUCGCAAUUCGCCCCCCCCCCCUCCUAAUUCUGUAAAAGCUUUCUCUAAAGUUUGCUUUAACGCAGCUUUUGCUGUCCAAACAAUACAUUGAUUUACACAGUUCUUUUAACAUGUAAAGUUGCCUUCUUAAGUACACAGACACCAUGCAGGAAACGUAGGGGUCAGAUCGCAGAAGGUUUGCAUAAGAUAUAAAAUAUGCAUAUUUAAUGUUACUAUUUCACCUAUACACUUAACACAUAAUCUGCACCUAAAUGUCAUGUUAGCUCAUGCCUAAUAUAUAUAAUUUUUUUUCUUCCCAGACUUUGCCAGAGGGGCCUAUCUCUCUGUUUUAUAUAUGUAUGUGUUACAGACCAGAAGAACAACAUGUACUAAACUUCAAAGCCCUGUACAUACCACCAUAAAUAGCAACAGGACUAUUGCACCAGAGAGGAACUCUGUGACCGGUCCAUCCCAUUUACCCAUUGUGAAAACUAGAUUUACUUACUAAUUCUGGGUAGCCUUAUGCACAGCACACGUUCUUCCUUUACCUUGCUAAUCUUUACUAUUACUUCUAAUGGGCUAUUUCAGCUACCCCUUUAUCAAUCACUGUUGCCUUUUAUUGCUGUCCUGUGUUUAUUUUCUGCGUUUUUUUUAUUUUAUUUUUUUUAUUUUUUUUAAAUCACUGUUGCCCUUUAUUACUUCCUGUCUAAGACUGAUUCAGGUAUUUGCUGCCCUUUAUAUAUUACUGCUUCUGCUUGAAGGCUAAUCAAUUUAUCUACUACUUUAAAGUAGUAUAUAUAUUUUUUUCUUACUAUUGUCUUCAAUCUUUCAACUUCUUUUUAUUGAAAUUUUGUCCCCUUUCUAACCGUUUGAUAUUGAACAUUUAACUAUUGGAUAUGUGCAAAAAUGUACUGACACAAUGUUACACAUUCCUGAUUGGAUCAGUACCUUACUCCAAUAAACGGAUGGAACCAGGAUAAAAUACCUUCGAUUGUAAAACAUUCAUGUUAAUUCCAUAAAAGACAUUCUAUUUGAAAUGCAGCAAAUUCCUCUAAUACAGUGGUUCCCAACCCAGUCCUCAAGUUCCCCACUAAAAGACCAGGAUUUGGAAAUUACCCAGUUGUGUGUAAGGUGUUUUUUAGAAAAAAGGGAAAAAAACUCUUUAGACAACAGGGUAAUCUCUAAAUCCUGGACUGGUAGGGGGUACUUGAGGACUGGCUUGGGAUCCUCUACUCUAAUCUACUCCCAGUAUGUUUUCUCAAUCCUGGAUAUGACUGAGAUUUCCCAGCUAAAUUAUGGACUACCAUUGCCCUAAGGCAUUGGCUCUAAUAUGAUCUUGGAUUUGGCAAAGUGACCCCGAAUUUAGUUUGGAAGAUUAGUUCAGUAACUCAUCAAGUGCUAUAUUCGAAACAUGAGAACACCUUCAUAAGACUGUACUCCGUAUCAUAGGUGUCUCCACUUCCAUGUAAAAAGCACAGCUACUGCAGUAGAUCUCAGUUGCCUGUAGCCCAAUGAACAAUGUGUCUGUUCCUAUCAGUGAUAACCCACUAGAAUUAAAUGUCUCCUUACAUUCGGGUCCCAGUGGAAGGGUUAAAAAACCAUUGUUUUAACUUCUAAGACAAAUCAGUGAUGUUGUAUGACAAUGUAUGCAUGCUAAUUUAUGAGCAGCAUUACAACUCUUGAAAUAAGUUAAUAACACCUGCUUGUGGAAAUUUAAUUGGAGCUGAUGAUAUCCUGCGUUCACUUGUACUUGUUUCUCACAUUCAUAUUAUUUCAUUUUUGUUACAAGCCCCUAAGAUAUAGUUUGUGGCCCCUAUAAUGAAAUAAAUUAGGACAUCCCACUGGCUGUCAAACUGAAACCCAAGAGGGUUUCCUCUCUCAGUACAAGAAAACUGUAGUUCUCUAGAUAGUGAGAUUUCUCUGCUGGCUGUUUUGUUACUCCUCAAAUAGGUUUAUUUAUUGAACAGUGAGUUGGCAACUGAUUUUAUGCCAAAUAAAAUGUUGGAAAGAUUUAACUACUCUUCUGCAUUGUAACUGCAUCCUUAUCAGUUGAUUGUCAACAUUCCACAACUACAUGUUGUGCUUUAACAAAGCCUGUAAACAGGUUUCAGAGAGCGAAGACAAAAUUGUAUUAUUGUAUAUAUUUUAAUCUGUAGUUUCUGCUGGUUCCAAGACGGGACUUAAAGGGUCACUAUAGGCACCAGAACAACUACAGCUUAUUGUAGUAGUUUGGAUGAGUAUAGUCAGUCCCUGCAGCCUUUUUGCUGUAAGCGCUGCCUUUUCAGAGAAGAGGCAGUGCUUUCAUUGCUUCCUAGGAACACUUCUAGUGGCCACUACUCAGUGGCCCCUAGAGGUGAUUCCUGGGUCAAUGCUGCACACUGUGCAGCUCUGAUGUUCUGUGUCUCCACGCUAUGCAUGGAGAUGCGGAACUUUCCCCAUAGAGAUGCAUUGAUUUGAUGUUGAUUGUCCAGGGCGGCAUUUGGCUCUGCCCCCGUCCUGCCUGCUUGACAAUCUCAGCCAAUCCAAUGCUUUUCCUAUGGGAACAAUUCUUACGUUGGCCAAGGAGGCAGACCGGGGUCAGAGCCAGCGCCAGCAGAUCUCCAUGGCGCUGGAAAUAAGGUACGUUUUCUUACCUUUUUAAGGGGGGCAGGCCACCUAAAUGAUGGUUUUAAAACUAUAUGGACAGGAAUACGCGUUUCCUUUAAUAUAUUAUUCAUUGAGAACAUAUACUAUUAAACCCUGCUCAUCAGAGGAUACAUAGUCCAACAGUUUAGUAGUUAUAUGCAUGAAUGGGCAAAUUAAACUAUUUGGCAAGCAGAACCUAUGUUAACCUGCCCAACUAGCUUCAUUCAUAAUUUUUUUUUCCAUGAAUGAAGUUGACAGUUGUUAAUGUAAGAAGCUGCCAUAUAGCGAGUUGAAUAGAAUUCUUUGAGGGAGACCAUAUGUCACUUAUAAUAACACAGUGUGGGGUAGGGUGGGCAUUUAAUAGCAGGUAUAAACCAAAGGGAACAACACAGCCUUUUGCCCCUAAACAGAUGCCCGUUUCAUUGUGCGGUAUAAUGCUUGAGUUGAAUUCUUAAUAAAACUUUUUUUUUUUUUUUUUUAAAUACCUUGCGAUCCUUUUCUGCUCUAUUGAUCCAUUAUAUGUAUAUUAAGUGACUAUUUCAUGCUAAUACACUAGUUAUUCAUGACCACAUCCCUACAGCUUCUCAUUUAUUUUUAUUUUUAUUCUUUUCCACCCCCAGCUCAGAACGUAACAGUGGAUGAUGUCAUCACAUCGUACACUCAAGCCUGCCAGAAGCUCAACUGCAAACAGAUUCCCAAGCUUAUUCGACAACUUCAGGUAUGUCUGUAUCAGUCUAGAAAGGGUCGUUCCCUACGUAUUUGUGGGAGCAUAUAUUGAUCUAUACGCUACAAUCUGGACGUAUGGGCCUAUGUCUGGCAUUUUCCCUCUAUCUUACUGCUUCUGAAUGUUCUCCGUGCCAUUUGCACUCUAUUCCUGGAUAGGAUCACUUUUAUUGGAAAUAUCUGAACCCAAUACCUUCCCGUAAGGCCACGUUGCCAGGUACAGCCCUGUCCAUCCUGAAUGUUAACCACUGCAAAACCUAGACCCCCUGUUACAAACCACCUCAUAAUAUAAGACUACGCUCUUUCUCCUCAUUCUAUAUCUUCAGUCUACAGUAAUUUCUGAGUUUUUAAGGCAAAGUAAGAGCUACUUUGUAUUAUGUACACAUGUGUUUUGGCAAAAUGAAGAGGGCCAUUCAACAAGCAUCUUCUCACUUGUUAUCAUGGCAUUUGUGCAAGAGUACAAAACUAACGCAGCCUUUUGUAGAUCUUUCUUCUAGAAGCUGAAAAUCAGAAUGUGCAGCUCGAGCAGACAAAAUGUUUUUAGAUAAAUAGAUCUCCCUUUCCCUACCCCGGGGUGCCACCAAGCAGACGGCACCUUCAAGGGAUGGGGUUCUUUGCAAAAAAAAUAAUAAUGUAAAUGCUCAACACUCCUCAAAGAACAUUACUCUUGUAAUUGAUAUACAUAGUCUGUGUACGUAUUUAAAAUAAUCUGCAUUUUUCAUAUAGUGCAGUUGUGGGUCCCAACUUUGCAUAUACUACUGUUAACUUUGUGUAUAGUUUCUAAAUUAUAUGAAAAAAGUAAUGAAAUCUGUAAUUCAUUUAUUAAAGCUGACACACUACAAAAGCUGAAAGCGCAAUAUCAGAUGCAGUUAACGUAUCCUGUACCUUUUUAAACGUGUUAGUGUUUUUUUUUGUGUGUGUGUAUAAAUAAAUAUACUCCGGCGGAUGUGAGUUUUAUCUGUGCGGGAUAACACGAUGACACAAAAAAGGACCUGUCUUUAGGCAACAUAACAAACACAAAGCCUAGCCGAGACAGACAAAGCAUGCCUUUAUUUAUGUCCCUGGACAGGAUGUGACACAGAGGUUGAGAUUGGUUUUAUAACCUAAAGACACAAUAGGGAGCUGUCACUACCGGACACAUAUUAAGAGUGCCCCGUUCUCAGAAUGAUGCAACAGAGAGGACACAGGAUUCUGCACCAAGUGACAAUGACACUUCCCCCUAUCACAUGUCACUUUCCAUGGCUAGACCUCAUAUUAAUUACCUUGCAACUGGGUCACUAGCCUUUAGAUUGGCGUAUGGAUAAAGACAAAUGUGUUUUUGCUGUUCUUCUAAACUUCUUAGUUUUGGGGGGAAUCUAUUCCAAUAUUGUGUUAAUGGGAUUUUUGUUUUGUUAUGCUAGUGUCAUUAGAAAUGGUAAAUAGCCUUACCGUGAACGUUAGAUGUAAGCUGAUUAGAGUACUGUUAUUACCUCCGUUUCCCUUUACCAAAUAUGUUUGUUAGUGCGCUGAUGUAUUGAUUAUUUCCUACACAGUGGUGUGCGAUAUGUUAGCACUUUAUAUAAAAAUAGAAUUGUUUAGGAUAUUCAGUAUUUAGAAUAGAAUAAUCUAUUCCUAAUUUAUGCAUGAUCUCCGUUUGGCAGACCUAAAAUUAGGCAUUUGAAUUUGUCUGGGUUUAUUCUCUAAACUGCGAAUUACAGAUCUUAGGCUAUAAUACCUGGGUCAAUUCUUCUAUAUGGACGCAGAGUGUGUUGUGUGCUAAAUACGAACCAUGAGCAGACAAUUGCAAUCUGAGAUUCAACACUUUAGCUUGGGUUAAAUCUGGUGGGUCUGCCGCAUGCGUAACUUAACUGUAAAUAAACUGAUAUGUUUCAUAGAAUACAUCUAUCUCUAGCGUUUUUCUAAGCUCACUGUUUGAAUAUUCCAGUCGGUGCUAUCUGUUCCAUUUAUGAGAAUACUUGCUCUACUGUAAUGUUUGGAAACUGUACCUGGGCAGAAUAUUGUGAAAGGUAUCCUUGUACAACAUAUUGGCUGAAAUAAGACCUUACAAUGUCCAGAACUAUAUUUAUUAUGUGAGAGAUUUGUGGAAGCAGAAAUAGUUUAGCAGCUUGCCACUUCAUGUAUGCUUUAACCUUUCAAGCCUAGCGCUCCCAGCCUGGUCUAAAUACUCAGCUCCCUUAUUCUUAUAGGAACAGAUGGGGCUAUUCACGAGAGGGUGAGAGGAUUCUUUGCUAAAAGAGUGUUUGCACAGAUAGGGAACACGAAGUCAGUUGGGUGUGCCUGGAGCUAUUGUAUUUGACCACUGCCAGUAUACUUGCCAUCUCCACUCUCCGUGUGUGUGAUGGCUCUAAAAAUCCACUUUCUGGAAAGUGUUUGACCAGCGUUGUGUCCGAGCUGUAGAUAAAAAUGUGAGUGCUGAGACUGGGAGCGAAGCAGACUUAAUGGGAGGAAGUGGAGAAAUAAUCUGGUAGAUGAAGAGUCUGAGCGAGCUAGGGACAAAGUAUAUCCAUAAAAAUAAAAUGUACUGUGACACACCUUGCUGUUCAAACACAGCUAUUUAAUGCACCUAUUGCCGAGGUAGAAAUACGGUGCAGCCCAUAAGUAUUAGGUCAUAGUAACUAGUUUUUCUGUCUUUCAUUGGGCUUGAUUGGAUCUGUCAUUAAGAUGGCGAACGUGCAUACUGUCAGCUUUACCAUGAGUCUCGAGUAUUACAUCCAUAAAUUACAAACUUCGUUGUAAUUAAAGCCUUUCAUAUAAAUAGUUCCUCCUUUUUAGGGAUCAGAAAGAGUACUUUGUUGCAAAUCAUUUGUAUUUUAUUUCUGCCUGAAGUAUUUGGCCUAUAAACAUGACCAGAUGUUGGAUAUAUUCCCUGGUGAUACUCGUCCUGUUUGUUUCUGGGUAUUUUCUCUUCGUUCUAGUGAAACACCAGUUCAGAUGGAUCCUUUCAGAUAUGCGAUCUCUGCAGACAGGAUAUUUCUGUGCCUACCAGAAUUUAUCUUGCUAAUUCCAGUGUCCAACCUAUACCACUACCUUCAAGUUUCCCAAAUCCUGUUCCUUUCGUCACUUUUAUAACACGCCAUCCUUCAGAGGCAGGUUAAUCUUUAUCUCCUCCUCGCCUGUUCUUUCCGGAAUCUAUUGUACCUGGAAAUUGGUGAUCUCAUCCCCACCUCCACCACCAGGUGUUAUGUUUCCUCAUUCAUUGCUUGUUCCUGUUAACAUUUGUGAUAGUUUAUCUCUUAUUUGCUGUUUUAUCCCAUUAAAGAGAUGGUAAAAGCAGUUCAAUAUGUUGGUGCUAUGUAACUGCUUACUGUAAUAACUAGAAUCUGUCUGCCAAUGAUUUGGGGUAAACCCUGACUUUAUGCUGAUGUGGUCUUCCCAUUGGGCUACUUUUUGUUCUCAUCACAUCAAACACCCUCCUCUUAUUGUCUCCUGUGGUCUUUUUGUACACUGACCAUUUGUUGUUAUGGAGUUUACCAGGAGAUCUUACUUUUUGCAGUGGAAUACACCAUUGAAUAAUCUUUGUUUCACUGAUUCGGUUAUUCUAUUUGUGAGAAUCUUCUGCGUCUGCUUUACUCUCAUUGACAACUCAUGAUGUCUUCUUUGAACAGAAGCAGACUCAAACUAAAAAAAGGAAAACUCGUAUUUUCACCUUUUUGAAUUAUCAGCUUGACCUAGCAAUGCAAUGACAUACUGGGCCAACAGGAGAAAAGACAGCUGUCCAAUUAUUUUUGAUCCACUGAAAUGGAGGACCUAUGCAUACAAAGGACAAUAUCUCCAACAUGGGUGCAAAUACCUUGAAAUCAAAGCAAAUUAGAGCCCUCGGUUUAUUGUUUUGUUUGAUAUCCAGUGUGCUAGCACAUAGAGCCAAAACUACUGCUGUCCAAGUAUUUAUGGAUUCCACAUUCUAAGUUGAAGCGACAUUUACAAAGCAUACUAAGCAUUUUCCUUCAGUUUUUAACUUCACACGUCAAUGAAUCAGAAUCCAUGUGCCAGGAAAUAAUUUUGCUUCCUUCAUGUUCUGAGCCGGAGAGACAAAACAGCCUUAAAUGGAAAAUAACAAGUGCUGUCCUCCUUCACUCCCACCCCACUCGGCUGCACGCAGGACAUGAGUUUGAUUCAGAUCACUAUGGGCUUGGGGGUCUGCAACGCCCUGCCUAAAUAAAUACAGCCCAAUAGUAAGAUCUAAUGUUUAGUAAUCUGCCCUGAUCCCAUGCUCUGCCUGAAAAGUAGAGUUAAAAACACUGGAAAAAUAGGUUUGGUUGUGUUUUUAAAAAAAAAAAAAUUAUUUUUUGGGGGGGUUACGAGGGGUGAUUUAAAAAAGAAUAGGAUUUUCCACUAAACUAUGAAUGAAACCCACAUUGUAAAAACUAGGCAAAAUCAUAUGUUGUAGGUGUGGGGGGAUCUCCAACUCUGCAAUAGCCACAGUGUGGAAUAUUUUAGUUUAAAUGUCGCACAUCAGAUUUAAUUUGCAAAAGAAUAAUGAGUAACUAUCUUUCUUUUGUGCAACUCUUAAAAGGUUUGCAGAACUAAACCUGUUUUCCUGCUCUGACCUAUGCCUCCAUAUUCAUUCAAAAAGAAACUAGAAACUCACAUAUGUAGUGUAACAUAAUUUGUACCUGAUUUUCAAGCUUAAAGUUUUACCCAAACAAAACACUGUUUUUGGCCAGAGUAACCCUUCCUAUACUUGUCUCACCUACCCAAAAAAACACACCAUUCCUUUAUUCCAGCGCUGAGGCCAAGUUCUCCCUGCAGCUGAGCUUCCUCUGUUAAUAUCACUCCCCUUAAUCCGAAGGCAAACUGAGGGGAGGACAUGGGUGGCACGGAGGAACAACGUGGGACUUGCUGCUACUGUCUGUCUGACACCUGCAUGCUGUUCAUGCUGGCAUCAGAUGCCAAAUUUGCAUAGAAUUCAGAUUUGCCACCCUGAACUGUUGUUCCGGUCUGACUAAUGAUAACCCAGUGACACAGAGGGGUCGAUCUCUUCAUAGUGAAACCUUGCACAUACAUACUCCAACCUCCGUGACCACUUCAAAUCAGUGAAAUGGUUAUGGUCCUUUAAUGUAAAUGGUACUGUUUAUUUUGCUGGUGUAUUGUGCGAAUAUUUAAGCUCCUUUACAAAAAUCAAUACAUUAUUUAUAGUGGAACGUCAGAAAUGUAGGCACACAGUGUCAGUACAACGUCAAAGAAAUGUUUUCUCUGUCCCAGUUGUGGGAAACUGGGAGCUGCUGAAAGUCAGAUUCUAAUUGGCUGCUGGUAUCCUAUUGUGUCAUCAAGAUUGUUUGUUUAUUAUCGGUACCUUCCGCUGGAUCAGAAAUUUACUGAGGUUACUGUGACAUUACUGUAUCAACUACAUCACGCUCUUAAAGUGCACACAUAAACAGGCUAGCUUUGGAUUUACAGGGCUAUUGCUUUGCCAACCCAUUUACCUGAGAGUCCAUGUUGCACAUAGGAGAAUUACUGCUCUGUGAUAGAACAUAAUCAUGAUGUCAUUUACUCUUAGUGCUAUGCUCUACAUUUAUUUUCAAAACAGUCUUUUUGUCUUGCAGGGUAUGACUGAUCUUUCGGGGAGAGUGGAAAGUCUUGAUCUGAAAGGUGAGUACUCUGUCUAAUGGCCUCUAAGCUCCAGGUCUAGCUGUUUCUCUCUGCUUCUCUAGAUAUAGUGUAGGAUAGAAUAUCCCUAAUGCUUAUCGACGCCGGUCUUUGUCCCCCCUUUUUUUGUUUUGUUACUGUUAACUCCCUGUUCUCCCCUUCCCCGGAGAUAUAAUCGAAGAAUGACAGAUUCUGACCUCUCCCUGCUAAAUCCAGUUGUAGACGUAUACGGUUCCUUCUUUCUUCCUAAGCAAUUAGGCCUAGAAUUGAUGAAGUCUUAGGUUUGCUAACUGUGACUAUUUAGCAGUAUUUGCACUACACCUACCAUAAUCAUCCCAUAACGUCAAACAGCUGACCGAGGACUAUGUGAGUUGUAAUGUAAUAGCUGUUGCACAGCAAUAUGACUGUACAUGUAUAAAAUAUUGGAUCUUCCAUAGGUGAACGCUUAGACCAUAAGGCCUGUGAGGCUUUGGAGGAGAUAUUCAAGAGGGUCCAGUUUAAAAUGGUGGAUCUUGAGCAGACCAACCUGGAUGAAGAUGUAAGUCUAUUUCUUAGAUUAAAUCUUGGGAGGAGAGGGGGGGGGGAUCCUUGCUGUUGUUUUUUGUUUGCCUUUUUAUAAAAUAUAAAUGAUUGUGUUCAAGAACAUCUGGCUGACCAUCACUGUAGUUAAAACCAAACACUGCAAUAUGUGUAAAACGGGAGAGAGAGUCUAUAGCAAGCAUGUCAAACUCAAAGGCUAAAACGGGCCAAAUAAACAAGAUUUAUGUCGGCCACAAAAAAACAAAUACUUCUGUUUCCAUAGAAAUUGCCAAACGUACAGUAUAAAAUAAGUUGCCUAACUCGGGGAUUGACAAGUUUGCUUUCAAUCUAGGAGCCAACUAAAAAAGUUAAGAGCCAGGUAUUUUUUUUUUUUUUUUUUCAACAACAAAAAUACACUUCUUAAAGGAACACUAUAGUCACCAGAACCACUACAGCUUAAUGUAAUAGCUCUGGUGUAUAUAGCCUGUCCCUGUAGACUUUUCAAUGUAAAGGCUGCCUUUUAGGAGGCUGUCACUCAGAUGGCCACUAAAAUGUCUCCUAUAUUAGUCCACAAUGUACAGCACCUACAUUCAGCGUCUCCACGCUCUGCAUGGAGAUGCUGAACGUUCCCCAUAGAGAUGCUUUUAAUUAAUUUAAUGCAUCUCUAUGAGGAGAUGCUGAUUGGUAAUUGAUGAACUCCGCUACGGAGGCGGGCCAGCUACAGCGAGACCGGCACGGCGCUGGAAAAAAAAGAUGAGUAAAAACAUAAUUCCCAAUGCGAUCAGAGGGGGCUGGUGACCUAAUGACCUAAACACACACACGCACAUUUUUAGCCACCCUCCUACCUUUUCGGCUCAGGAGGGUGGCUCCCUUGGGGUCCAGUGGGCUGGCUGCAGUUAAUGGGAGUAGGCCGCUGUGUUUUACCCUCUCUGUAAAGCAAGCAUGUCAAACUCAAAGGAUAAGACAGGCCAAAUAAACAAGGUUUGCGUUUAUGUGGGCCGCAAAAAGACAGAAACGUCAGUAAAAGUAUAGUAUUAAAAAAGUUGCCUAACUGAAACUGGACAUCCUCACCUUCGUAGGGCUUCAAAGUAAACAAGAGUGAAUUUAUUUUCAUGAGACGAGCAUUUGCAUAUAGCCAAUGUUUCAGUCCAACUACCUUGACAUAUUGAGAAAUGUUUGGUAAUGGGACUAAAAUGGUGAAUGUAUGCUGUUGCACAGCUGUAAAAAAACAAAUUACGUUAUCUUGUUGAUUUUUGAAGUCCUAUGAGUGUAUUCUUCACUUUUGCGUAGAUCAUCAAACUUGAUGAUCUCUGCCAAUCCAAUGCUUUCCCAUCGGAAAGCAUUUGAAAGGCUAUUGUGCAUGUGUGGCAAAAAGCUGCACAGCCAAUCAGCAUCUCCAUGCAGACCCAAUCUAACACACUGCCCCUUCCCCCAUUCUAAUACUCUGCCCACAAAUCCAAUACACUGUCCCCUCCCUCCACUCUACAUUGCCCACUCCUCCACCCAGAUCUAAUAGACUGCCCCGUAAUCUAAUACACUGCCUCUCAGUCCUCUUUUCUAAUUGAAUACGCUGCCCUCCCUCCCCCCACCACUCUAAUACACUGCCCACUAUCUCUCCCAAUUUAAUACACUGGUCCCCUCCACCAAUUUAAUACACUGCCACCUCUCUCUUUAAAUGAAUACACUGCACCCUCCCCCAGAUGAAUACACUGCACCCUCCCCCAGAUGAAUACACUGCACCCUCCCCCAGAUGAAUACACUGCACCCUCCCCCAGAUGAAUACACUGCACCCUCCCUCCCCCAAAUUAAUACACUGCACAUUCCCUCCCUCAAAUUAAUACACUGCACCCUCCCUCCCCAAUUUAACACACUACACAGAAAAGUCGCCCAAACCCCUAUUUUCCUACCUUCAGAUGAGCUCCCGUCCAGCUCCAGCUCUUCUCUGCUCAAGCAGGCCAGGCGCUCCUCUGGCACUGCAAGCAAGAGGGAAGGGGGAGUGGCCUCUCUGCACUAUUGCGGCCGCAAGAGCACGCAAUCGCCAUGGGAAAAAAGACAAGAAUCAGACAAAAAAGAUCUUUCCUAUCUUGCGGCUGGUCGUGACCACUGCACAAAGCGGCCCCAGGGCAGGCGGGCCGUAAAGAUAUUCACUGUGGGCCGCUGCUUGGUCUAUAGUAACGCACUGCAUGUUUUGUACAGGACAUAAAAUUGUGUAGCUCAUGCCCAUCCAGAUAGUAUUUGGCCACAGCUCCCUUCAUCAUUCUCUUGGGUGAGGAUCUUCAUAGGUUUCCACAACAGACAGAAACAUAGAAUUUGACGGCAGAUAAGAACCAUUCGGCCCAUCUAGUCUGCCCAAUUUUUUUUUAAAUACUUUCAUUAGUCCCUGACCUUAUCUUAUAGUUAGGAUAGCGUUAUGCAUAUUCCACGCAUGCUUAAUAGAAACAUAAAAAAUAAAAAAAUCAGACUGUUAGUGGUGGGCAGAGCACGUCAACGGCCACCGGGAACUGCUCUGAUGGAGCAUCUCGCUGGCCACUAUCCACCCUACACUACAGCCCCUGUACUCAAGAUGUAUGACACCUAUCUUUUGUAGACAGAAGGUUAAUUUAUCAUAAGCAAGGGGGCUCUGUACUCCUAAGGGGCAAUUUUGGACUGUACCAUGAGUGCUUAGGAAGGGCAUCUUGGCAAAAGGAUUCAUAUUCAUUAUCCUUUAUAAAUAGUCACCCAUUAAUCCUAUAAAUCCUCCACAGGGAGCCUCCGCAUUGUUUGAUAUGAUUGAGUACUAUGAGUCGGCAACACACCUCAACAUUUCCUUUAACAAGCACAUUGGCACCCGUGGUUGGCAGGCGGCUGCUCAUAUGAUGCGUAAGGUAAGAUCGCUUUAAGUGUGAAUAGUGCCCUUAAUCCCCUUGCAGUUAGUUACGUUGUGUUUUGGUAGUAUUACUUUGAUAAAAAUGUUCUACUUCUGUUCCUCAUGCAGACCAACUGCCUACAGUACCUGGAUGCUCGCAAUACUCCCUUACUGGAUCAUUCAGCUCCAUUUGUGGCCCGUGCACUCCGCAUCAGCAGCAGCUUAACAGUGCUACACCUCGAGAACUCCAGCCUGUCUGGGAGACCCUUGAUGUUAUUAGGUUAGUGAUAGUCACAUGAUAAAGAUUGGGUAUACCUUCUGUCAAAGUUCUCUAUGCUGAAAACUGAGAGGACGGUGAGAAAAGCGACCAUACAAUAAGACUAUACCUUUUGUAGCACAACGUAUCAAUAAUAUUUUACCCUAAUUCAUUUUAAAUUCAAGUUGUGCUACUAUGACAGGUAUACUUUUAAGAAGCCUGUGAUAUAUCCAAUUGCACAGUGUAUAUUAUAGCUUGUCUGUCGUAGCUGUGAAGGUCAAUCGAAAGUUCCAAACAAUUAGACAAUCUGCUGUUUUAGAAUUAAAAACUUACAACCUAAAAAAUCAUCAGUUUGAGAUAUCUUGCCAUAGCAUUCAGGUACCAUGGUGUCAGUUUAACUUGUAUCCAAAGCAGGCAUCUGUCAUUCUUCCAUGUUUUUACUGGUCUGUGUCUUCUAUCACUCUAUUCUAUCACUGCCGCAAGCGAUCAAUAAUGUGGUCAUAGCUCAGAUUACAAGUAUAUAGUUUAAGUUGUAAGAUGUGUUCUCUCUCCAGUCUUGUAAACACAUUCAUUAAUCUUUAGUCCACUCCUUGACAUGUCUACCUGCUUCAUCCAUGCCACUCUCUUGGUUUAGCUACUGCCCUAAAGAUGAACAUAGUAUUAAAGGAGCUAUACCUCGCGGAUAAUCGUCUCAACAAUCUCCAGGAUUCAGCUCAGUUGGGAAAUGUCCUAAAAUUUAACAGCUGUAUACAAAUCCUGGACUUGCGGAACAACCAUAUUAUGGACUCUGGUAAGUGUGACGUGUCCUGUUUCUAUUGCCAAGCCAUUGUGUGAUUUAUGAGUCUAUUAUUAAACUAAAAAUGACCCCCCCCCCCCUUCCUCCCCAGCAGGCCUAUAACAAACCACAAUCAACUUGGGGAAACUGUGUAUAGCAGUCAUAUGACUGAAAUCUAACAUUUUCGUUGUUGAAAAGAACAGUGUAAAAAUGGGCAAUCUACAUUGACUAGCGGUGCCUUGUUUAUUUAGCAUAUUAUAUUGGAGAUAGGUUAGGCAUUUUUAAACUUAGAAAUCUGAUUUUGGUUUUCAGAACCUCUUGCAAUUUUAAAGCAACGUGUUAUUUUUUUUCAUCUACAUUUCAUCUAGGUUUAUACUUUUCUGUGCGAUAAUUGAUGUAGAAUGCUGUAUGGUUAUUCCAAGUGUUGUAUUGGGUCAUGAGAUAUAACCCCUCUUGUAGUAAAUUCACUGACUCCAUUCAGAAACUGAGAAAAGGGAAUAAUCCCAAAAUGCAGGAUAAUAAUAAACUCUUUAAAACUGUGUAUCUUGGAGUCCAAACUCUAACAUGGCAUGUGGAUCGAAACCUGUGCCUGUAGACAUUUUCCUCCUGCAUUAUCUUUGCCAUCUGGUAAGAUGCUCCCACCAAACUAAUGUGGUGCAUCGCCGUGCCAGAUGCUUAGGAUGUUCUUGGUGAUGUCUACACUCCAUCAUCCCUUUUCCACCUACUCCCAGGUCUGGCGUACAUCUGUGAGGGACUGAAGGAGCAGCGACAAGGCCUGGUCACCCUGGUUCUCUGGAACAAUCAGCUGACCCACACUGGCAUGGUGUACAUGAGCAUGUGCCUGGUGAGGCUGACAUCCGUCUUGAGGGCUGAAGAGAGUGGGGGUGGGAGGUUAAAGAAACGGUUUGUAAACUUGCCCCUACUUUUUCUUUCUUUUUUUUUUUUUUAUUACUAUUUAAUUUUUGUCUCCAAGCACCACACAUAGAUUAUUUAUUCUCUUCUCCCUCUCUCUCUCUCUCUCUCUCUCUCUCUCUCUCUCUCUCUCGUGUUUCAACAUUUUCUUUUUAACUCAAUCUUUCUCUUUUGCUCUCAGCCUCACACUCAAACUUUAGAGACCCUGAAUCUUGGCCACAAUGCAAUUGGUAAUGAAGGUGUACGUCAUCUUAAGAAUGGGUUGAUUGGGAAUCGCAGUGUGCUGCGCCUUGGGUUGGCAUCUGCCAAACUCACCUGUGAAGGUAAUGCAUAUGACAAUUGUUGGAAAAAAUAGUUUUUAUUCAUUAUCACUGUAUUAAGUGGCAUUAUAGCACCUACAGCUCAUGAGUUUAGUGUCCUUUCAGUAUUUAAGUGUUUUUGUUUUUUUCACUUCUUCCUUUUCCAAUCUUGCCACCUACAGGGGCAGUAGCUGUUGCAGAGUUCGUAGCCGAGUCUCCCAGACUCCUACGUCUGGACCUUAGAGAGAACGAAAUUAAAACAGGAGGUCUAAUGGCGCUGUCUCUUGCACUCCGUGUCAACCAGUCUUUACUAAGGUUGGACCUGGACCGCGAACCCAAAAAGGAGACUGUGAGUUUAACAUUUUGUUAAAAAGCUCUCCUCCAUCUCUGAGCAUGCCCUAGAUCAGGGGUGCCCAGAAGGUGGAUCCCCAGAUGUUGUAAAAAUUGAACACCCAUCUUGCUUUACAUGCCUUUAGCAUGACAAAUACAUCUGGGGAUCUACCUUUUGGACACCCCUGCCCUAGAUAUUCCUAUCCGGUCUGUGAGACAUGCUUCUUUGUAUUUCCUUCACCUUCGUUUACAUUUUAUCUUUAUUCUCUCCUUCCCCCUCCCCCCAGGUUAAGAGCUUCAUUGAAACACAGAAGGCUCUUUUAACAGAGAUACAAAACGGCUGCCGACGAAACUUUGUGUUGGUGAAGGAAAAGGAGGAGCGUCUCCAACAAUCUGCUUCUAUGGUGGAAAUUGCUUGUCCUGCCUCUGAAGAUCCUGAUCCUAACCCUGAGGAUUCCGUCACUGCCGCUGAAGGUUCCGUCACUGCCCCUGAGGAUUCUAUCACUGCCCCCGAGGAUUCUAUCACUGCCAUGGAGGACAGCACAUCAUCUCCUGAGAAGCAAGAAGAUGGAGAGAUCACAACUGCCACAGAUCCUCAGAGGGAUGAGUCAGACUCUGAUACAGAGGAGGAGGAGGACCAGGUGGAAAGGAGGGAAAACAAGCCAACAAGUUCUCAACCCCAAGGCACCCCAGGACAAGUGGCAGUUUCUAGCCCUGGCAGAGGUCACAAGGUGUUCUUGGUGACACGUGUGGAGAAUCCAAAUGCAACUGAAGGGGUUAGGGGAGAGGGUCCUGAAACUCGGGGAGUAAGGAUGCUCCCCAAAGGUAUCCGUGCACUCACCAAUGGACUUGAGGCGGAUUUGGUACAGGCAACACAUUGCUGUGAUGGCAAGGCUGGGUCUGGUAUGUGUUACUCAAUGUGCCAGGAUCUGACUCCAAAUUUAUCCUUAUGCACCACUUUUUUUUUUUUUUCUUUCUCACUGCAUAACAAUAACAAUUUCUUUUUCAUCCCUAUUCAUAUUUUUUGCCUCUAUUUCACUUGUGGAAGCUGUCAUUCUUAAUUUCCGAUCACAUCCUGCAGUUCUUUUGUUGUUUAUGCAUUGGGUCAGACAGGAUUGUUUCCCUACACUAUGAUCAGCCCUGGUGGGCUAUUUCUCCGCUCUGACACAAUCUGCAAUUCAUUCAACCCAAAUAUGUUUGGUGCUGUGGCAUUCUUGGUAUAACUAUAUUACUUUUGAUAUUAGUGUAGAUGAGCCUGUCUAACUUUAAUUUCCUUACAGAUUCCCAUGUGACGCUUAGUGAAACCGAAUUGGAGGCUUUGCUACAGGAUGCUUCUAGGGAACCAGACCCGUCUCUAAACUUUGUAUCACUGUAAGGUACGGAUCAUCUAACCCUACUAAAUUCCCCUGUAAAACAGGCAUAUUUACUAUACCGCUGGUGGCAUGAAGCCUGAGUGGAAAAAGCAAAUAGGGAAAUGUUAUUCACAAAAAUCUGUAGUGCCAGUGAUAGCCAGGACGCUCUUGCACACUAAGCUAUAAAAAGAAUAAAGACAGAGCCUUUCAAUUUUUUUUUUUAAAAGUGCAGAUUUCAAUAGAAAUAGGCAAUAGAAAUAUUCUACAUCAACCUUAUUACACCUCUCCUGCUGUCAAUCAGCAGAUGGUCCUGUUAUUUCCUGGUUGUUUAGCUCAAUGGAGCUAAACAAAGGAGACCAACAAUUCAUUAAACACCUGCCUUGCAAAGAUUUCUCAACGAGCUGUAAUGCAGCUAAUUAGGAAGUCUGUGAUUGGACAGCUACAGAAAGUCUAUGCAGUGGAAAGAGGGAAAGACUUGCAAUAGCUGCAGAUACUAGAUCUGUAGCUAUUGCAAGCCAAGAUUAAGCAUAUCCCAGAGAAGAGAAAAACAAAUUACAUGCAUAUCUUUUUGGAGUUAUGUCUACUAAACGGUUAUAUUUAAUGUUAUUGGUUUCCUCAUCCACCAAAUGCACCCAGACUACUUCAACUGAAUGUUUUAACCCUGCAAUGUAAAACAGUACUGUUUAGUAGAAACACAAUGCUUACAUUGCACGUUUAAAUACUCCCUCUAGUGGCUGUUUUUCUGACACACCAAGGGCGCUUUCACUGUGAAAACAGAAACAGAGUUCUCACUGCUAAACUCCAUUAGAUUGUAGGAGUGCAGUGCUGACUCCAUGAAGAGUAUUGGAUUAGACUAUUAGAGGGACUGGAUCUGGACACUGGGAAGAAAGAUGAGUAAAACAUUUUUUUAUUAAUAUAUAUAUAUUUUUUUUUAUUUUUAUUUUUAUUUUUUUUACUUUUUACUAACAGGUUUGUAUUAAUGCUACAGUGUCCUUUUAAUGGUUAUUAUAUGGUUAUUAUUAAUCUGCAUGCUUUUUGUUGUUUUGGUUUUCCCUAUGGAAUCACUAGUGGUAUCACCAAUAAACAGGCUAACCAACAGGUAGAACUCCACUUGUUUCCAAACUACAACUCCCUUUGCCUUCCCCAUGCAUUUAACUGGACUUCCAUUGCACCUUCCAUAAAACUGACCACAAAUAAUUUAAAGGGACACUGUAGGCACUAUAAUGAUCUCAUUGAAUGGUUAUAUUACCUGGAGUUCCAUGUCACUGUCCCUCCAUUCAGUGUUAAACUAUUUUGGAUCAGUGAAUAAAGGGACACUCCAGGCACCCAGACCACUUCUGCCCAUUGGAGUGGUCUUGGUGCCAACUCCCAUCACCCUUAACCCUGCAAGUGUAAUUCUGCAAUAAUUAUAUUGCAGGGCUAAGUCCUCCUUAGACAGCCACUAUCCACAGCCACAAGAGGAACUUCUGAGUUCUUAAAAACCGAAAAGUGUUUUAAAUGACGCUGGACGUCCUCACGCUAUGCAUGAGGACCUCCAGUGUUGCUGGAAUCCUCAUAAGAAAGCAUUGAAUAGUGCUUUCCUAUGUAGUGGUCUAAUGCGCACAUGGGGCAUGCACAUUACGUCUCCCACAUCGGUGUGGAGGAGCGUGGGCAUAGCCUAACCCAGCGCCGAGGAACAUCGGCGCUGGAUUCGGGUAAGUCACUGAAGGGGUUUUAACUCCUUCAGCAACAUGGGAUGUGGGGUGGGAGUGAGGGGGGCGCUGCAGGAUUCUGCAGUGCCAGGAAAACUGAGGAAUUCAUGAUGUGCUAUGAUUGUAAAGUAAAAUAAGAAGAGAUGUUUAUAUAUAGUAAAAUAAAAAAUCAGAAUGUAAAAAAAAAAAGUUUCAAAUAUUUUUGAGAACUAAGCCUGCACCUCCAGCACUACCCACAUGGUGUGUUAAUGUAGAAUAAAACCGUAAUGCAACAUUAAAGGGACACUAUAGUCACCAGAACAACUACAGCUUAAUGUAGUUGUUCUGAUGAGUAUAACCCUUGCCUUCAGGCAUUUUCAUGCAAACACUGCUUUUUCAGAGACAUGGCAGUGUUUACAUUGCUUCUAUGGACACUUCCAAGUGGACUCCUCAGAUGGCCACUGGAGGUGCUUCCUGGCUCAGUGCUGCACAGUAGGCAGCACUGCUGUUCAGCGUCCCCACGCUCUGCAUGGGGGGGGGACACUGAAUUUUCCUCAUAGAGAUGUAUUGAAUCAAUGCAUCUCUACGAAGAGGUGCUGAUUGGCCAAAACAGUGUUUGGCCACGCCCCCUUGCUGAAUUUUAGCUAAUCCAGUGCUUUCUCCAUGGGCAAUUCUGAUGUCACCAAGGGGGCAGGGCCAGCACCGGAAGACUUGCCCGGCCCUGGAAAUAAGGUGUUUUUAUGAAGUUUUAAGGGGGAUGAGGGGGGGCAAGCCACCUAAAUGGUGAGUUUUGCACUUUAAAUGGGUAAAAUUAAUACUUUUAGUUACUGUGUGAAAAGCUGACUAUUUCGACAGAUGCAAAAAAAAAAAACCCACAAAAAAACAAACCGAAACAUUAGUACUGGUUUAGAGUGGACUUCUGUAGCUGCCAAACUGUGCAUUCCAUUAUGAUUCUUAAUGCAUGGCAGGCUACAAAUCAGUGCAAUGUACCUGUGGUCCAUUUAUCUAGAUAUUUAUAUAAAACACCACAUAAGUACAUGUAAAUGUUAGACGAAAGCAAGAUGGAAUUCAAGAAAUGCUUGUUGGUAUUUGCUGAAAGGGAAACCAUCAGUCUAGAGACUGGGGGAGGCAUUUAGAAAGUGUUCGUAAUGGUGGGAACAUUAGAGAACGAAAUCUAGACCUGAUUUUAUUUUAUUAUUUUGUGUCCCUUCACAGUGAUCUAUUAUAGAAGUUGGUAUCCUGAUGUUAUUUCAUGGCUUCACUACUAUGCAUAAACAGUGUUUUUUUUUGUUUUGUUUUUUAUGGAUAAGUUGAGCCAAAGAAUGUGAAUGUGUAAUAUAUUCAUCCUACCUUAGGACAUGAAUGCUCAUUGUAUCGAGAAGGCUGGCGUGAGGUUUCCUUCAUGUGGGUUGUAGCCAGUUCCCAUAUGUGGCAAUCCAGAAAUAAAUCCUCAACCCAAAGAAGGGUUACAAACAGAAGUGCCUUUAAUUUGUCAAUCAUAGAGAAAAAGCUAUCCGCAAUAGGGGUACUAAGGAUGGUGGAAUCGGUGUCUGUUUUGUGCUGGAAAGCACUUGGUCAGACUCCUUGCAGGACAAAGCAUCAACAUAUCUGAGAUGAUAAACGUAUCUGACCAUUUUUGUGGCUUGGUUGUUUUGCUUUAAAACUUGCCAUAUUCUUCAGUUGCCAAUGUAUUCAAUAAGCCCCACUUUACUGCUUGUAUCAAUGCAUUAUAUCUGUUCUCCUUUCUCCAAUUUGUAGGGUGAAUUCUUCCUGCUCUUUGGGGGGGGUGGGGGCUACAUCUUCUAAAUUUCCUGGAUCCUUCUGAAACCCCUUUUUAUCUCGCCUUAAAGAAUGGGGCCUUUUAAGGAUCGUAAAACACGGGUUUCCACAACAAGACUUUUCAGGCGAUCCUGAGCCCACCUCCACGUGAUGGCAAUAAAGGCGCAUGGAAUUCCUAUUCACAAUAGGAUUUGCACAAGGUAAAUUAAGAAUCGCAUUAAAGAACACUUGGGUUCCACUACUUUGGGAUUUUCCAGAGAGAUGAUGACAUUUUCCACUGUGCUGAAAGUGACACAAAGCUGGAUCUACCCCUCACACUGGACUGUUACCCGCUUUAGGAGAUUUGUUUUGUUUUUGUUCUGUUCUGGACUUAAGUUGGACCCUUGAACUUUGUCUACACUGCUUAUUGCCACCAUGUUAAAGCUCUAAUUAUCUGCAGUACCUUGAUAUAGGGUUUACGUAAUAUAAUAUAUGCAUCUUAUUUGUAAUGUUCUACCUCUGUAGCAGUGAUAGCUGCCCCAUAGCUCCAAAGCUGUUGUGGAAGUAGGCAUACAAAGCAUCAUGGGAAACAUAGCUUGACAGCUGGAGAGAUACCUGCUGGCUUGCAUUGCUAUAGACGAUUAAUGGGUCUGACCGUAUAGUAUUCACUACACUGCUUGUCCUAUAAAGCAAGUCUGUGUUCUUCCCCAGGGGGUGACAUGGGUUGCUAGAUUUGUCCUACAAAAAUAAAAUAAAAAUAUUCACUACAUGCUGUAUGGCCAGAAAAUGCUAGGGUUAUAUAGGGGUUUAUCCAUAUAGGGGCAGAAAAUAUUUAUUGGUCUGAAUGACCCAUGGUUUGUGGUUAUGGGGCCAGAUCCAAAUGGUAAGACCACCCUCAAUAAUACAGGAUUUCUGGAAGAGCCUAGAACGUAUGUUGGAGGUGUCUCCAACGGUAAGGUGGUCUAUAUUUUUCCAUUAGGGAAGGGUUUUUUUAGGGGUCCAAUGAUACAUUACAGUCUUGGCUGUUCUAGAACCUGCUCCUUGAAUCAGGCAUUAUUCUUUAACUACACAUUUCAAGGCAUAGACCGCAUCAGCCCCUCAGAUUGACCAAAAAAAUAAAUAAAUCUGAAUACUUUCUUUUUCUCUGGUGCUCCUAUAUCCACCUGCACUUAUUAUAGGAGUAUGGCUUACCUUACCCUAUCUGUCAGAAAAUCACUACAUUCAAUGUGCACUUGAUAUGUGUGUAGGUAUUGCGAAGGAAACUUUAUAGAGUUACUAGUUUAGCAGUAAUUUCCAUGUGUCCCCUUCUGCUGAGGGUAUGUAUGGUUGAUCUAAUAUAUAUAUAUAAUCCCCUGCUUCACCUCCCACAGGUUUAAGGCUUUGGGAUGUGUUUUUCUUCUAUUUAAGAUCAGUAUGGGGCCUAUGGACUCCAGGCCUGAGAUAGAAGGCGGCCAUUUUGAAUCAGGUAACACACUGUAAUACUGAGUUGUACUCACACAUAUACAGACCUAAUUAAAAUACAUGCUGCUGCACUUAUUUACUUUAAAAAUCACUGAAAGUGACAUCGAUGACCUUUAAAAAUGCUUAUUUUUUGGGGGGGUUUGUUUUACGAUGUGUGAGCAAGUGUAUAAAGUUUGUAUUGCUUGACACUUUUAAACAGAGCACCUCCUCUUCUUUGUUAAUGCUACUUGUUAUUUUAAAAAACACGUUUCUCGGCAUAGCAGUUAUCUGUGACAGCAAUUUACUAACAGAACUGUGGGAAAUUAGGAGCUGUGCAUCCUGGGAACAGGCGAGGCAACUGCAUCAUAUGGCAUAUGCAGUGUUUAUUAGCCUCUCCUUAUCCACUUCGUUAAAUGAACUGGCAAAAGGGCCAUUAUGCCGUAACCAGGGUCAAUUUUAAGGGCAAACAGGAGGAGGAGUCUGUCAUAAAGGGUUAAUUUUGUAUAAUGUAUACAUUUGCUGGCACAAUGUAUUUUUAAACAAAUUUGGUGUGUAAUUUACCCUAAUGUCAAUUUUUGUGAUAAAGGUAUUGUUACGGAUUCCCCCGCCCCCUUACAGUUCUUUUCAAGCAUGUUAUAUAUUUUUAUCCCAUAAGAAUCAAUUUUAUUUCUUCAAUCUGCUCUUCCAAAAAAGCGUACCUAUCCCGGUUACUUUAUACAGGUUAGAAUGCUAAAUCUGUUAUGAAGAGUGAUUUAGAGGUUGUGUUUAUUUUUAUUUUUAUUAUUUAUUUUUUUUUUACAAAAUCCGUAACUGACAGUACAGAAAUUGCAUCUUAACAUGUGUUACCAAUUUUUUUAUUUUUUUUUGAAAAGCGUGUUUUUGGAAAACACCCUCAUGUUAAAACAUAAAUAAAAUAAUAAUUUCAUGGAGAGCUUGCAAUAUGCGGCUGUCAUCAAGAGUACCUUUUUAUGGGUUGCGAUUGAUCCGAUUUCCCAAUGUACAUAAAGUUUAUAAUGUAUAAUGUUGAUUAAAGCAUACAGUUUCUGAUGGAAUGUGUAUCUAAUGAAUGCAUUUGUAAAUAUUUGUGUUUAUACGAUUAUAUGAACGCUGCCCACUUUAGACACUAAUAUCAACCAACAAAUCGUAUCUAUUAUUCUAGGAAUCAAAACGGCUGCCCUCCACUAAAAAUAACCCAAUUCUCAAACCUCAAAUGUGAUUAUAUAGGAAAUGCAAGCUUCCCAGUGUGCAAUAUUACCCUUUUAUUCAUACACACUACUUUCUGCAUACCCCUUCUUUCACCUAUAUGGUUGACCCUUAUAUACACCCUGCAAACUGUGCUGUGUUUUAAACAAAAAAAAAAGGUUUUCUUCCUUUGGUCAAAUAAAAGAAUUUCCUAUA